UACAGUAUGUAGCCUGUGAAGGACUGGUGUCCUGUCCAGGGUGUACCCUGCCUUGCACCCGUUGCUUGCUGGAACAGGCACCCGCUCUCUCGCGACCCUGAAUAGGAUAACAUACUGUAGUUAGCGAUGGAUGGAGCACAGACCAAGACACAGUGGUAAUAGAGACCAAUCAAGUGACCAACUGCGUCCAUUCAAGUCAUUUAUAGUCCAGACUGGACUGAAAACCAGAAGACAUGGUGACCCUCCAGGACACAGAGUGAGUACACUCUGAUUGAUUGAUUGAUUGAUGAAGUGCAGGGUCCUCUGGAAUGGCACACCAUAGUCAUACCCCCUCCUGUACGAAUUCCUUGUACAGCAGAUGGCCAGAGACGUGAUCUAAUGCUCAUCUUUUGUGAAGAUUCUGAAUAUCUUCAGCUUCAAAGCGCAAAGAGCUCAACAGUGCACACUGUCCUCUUGGGUCCCUCACACAGGUCUUCAGGUAGGUCGACCGGUUCCCUGUAGGUUAAGAUAAUGCCCUGAUGCACACAGGGUUUCAGAUAACAAGAUAAUUUAAUUGUGACAGGAAGCCAAAUGCAAGAGGAGUGAUUCUUUAAAAAGAAAUGCUGUUAUGUAUUGUACGCAGAAGCUGCCUUGUUUUGCUUGAAGAACUACCAGUAUAACGGUUAAAACCUCAAUGCAUUGCAUCUGUCCAAACGAAUUACUGCCUGUAAGACAUUAUAACAUCUUUUCUUUUCCGCCCCGCAGCCCUGACAGAAUCACAAGGCAGCUGGUGUUAAGUCAGUGUGUGCAAAAUGCUGUCUGUAGCUCAGACAAGCUGUUCGCCACAGGGAGAGUACAGGAAUCAUUUAACACUCCUGUGGCCAAGACUGCUCCAGUACUAUAGAACUAGUAUCCCAAGAGAACAGAACACAUCCACAUCUUCUUUUUCAGAGAACAGGGGAACAGAAGAACUGAGUGAUACACCCUGCCUAUUGACAGUCAUUGGAAAUACUGGUAGACUAGUGUGCCAAUUAUAUGAGGGUCUCUCGUGUCACCAGAAAAUUAUUCCACCAGACGUACUCACGAACGUAAACCUCUGUCACGUGCGUCUUUACAAAGCAAGGACUUCGGAGAAAAAUAAAAGGGCAACUUAAAUGAGUUGUUGAUGUUUAAAGAGUUUGUAUGUUCCGAACACGCUUCGAAAUCCGCUGCAGAAUCUCAAAUAAAAUUAAAGCGCACAAGUUUGUUUUACUUGUUUUAGCAUCAUUGCACUGGGAGUCUGUCGAGUUGAGAAUAAAAUUAAGAAUGCUUUUGCUCACCGUUAAUUAUACGACUGCUUGCCCUCUGUACUGUACACCUAAUCUACCUGUUGGACGGUGCUUUUCUGUCUCUUAGUACACUGGAAUAGGCAUGUUGGCUUUCUUUUCUUUUGAUUUUCUUAAUGUUCUCUUUUAUUCUAUAGUUUUUAACUGUUUCAUUUACUUCAUUCAUUUGUGUGGACCUCAGUUUUUUGUUGAUGUAUUUUAAAAUACCGUAAGCCGAUGUAGCAUGUCAACUCAAGAAAAAGCUGCAGUAGACGACAGGAAAAACAAUGGAAUUUGAGUUUUAUUUUAUUUACUACAUCAGAGUCAUUUACCUUGGAGUUAGACUAAGCUUCAUUUUUAUUCUGCACGAGUAUACAUUACUCGUAUGUUGUGAUUUAAUGCAUAUGGCACAAUUACACACGCGUCUCGGCGGUUAACUUCAGUAAUUCCAAAAAAUAACUCGGGUGGCUCUUCAUUGCGCCCCAAGGUGGAGCUGUUACGCCGGCAGCCGGUGGUUAUCUUCUGAAAAUUCAUGCUGCUGCGUAUUUUGCUGUUGUGGGCAGCAAGUGAGCCAAUAUUAUGGGUUUUGAAAAUAAGAGUACCAUGACGGAAACUCGGCGUCUUUUCGAUGGACGGCGUGACCUGAUUUUGGUGAUCCUGGUUGCCUUGUUCUGCCUUGGAGAGACCUAUGUCAUCCUAAAUUCAGUUUCCUGGGCUAUCACCAGCGAAGUGGACGAGGAAUUGGAAAUCUCUUCCAGCGAAGACGCAGCUCCAGCUCUUUUGGAGGAUACUGGCAGUAUAUGGAAGCAGCAGUCCUACCCGGCCUCUAUUUACAAAGAUCAUUUGGACAGGCGAAGAGGGCAAAGGACUGCAGAUGCCAAACAGGUUUCAUCCCCGUCCAGGAUGUUUUCGUACCGGAGGGAAGGGCUGAACGCGGCCGUCGCCCCGCCGCCUCCCCCGCACGAGCGGACGGCCAGGACAGCCCGGUACCUGGCGCACUACAGUGACUGGGGGUUCCUGGCGACACUUUGCACACAGGAGAAGAUUCAGGGUCGGCCUUUUGGGAGUGUUUUCUCUGUGAGCGACGGUCCCCUGGGCAACAGUACAGGAACACCCUACUUCUGUGUCUCUGCCCUGCACAGCAGCGUGGAGGACCUCAAAGUCAACCCCGUGGCCUCUCUGACUUUUCCCGCGCCAGAAGGAGACUACUGUAGGGAACACCUGAUGGACCCGGAGGAGCCCAGGUGUGCCCAGUUAACGCUGACUGGCAGGAUGCUGGCAGUGGAAGAGCCAGAGGGGGAGCUUGCAAGGGAAGCCAUGUUCUCCAGGCACCCUGUGAUGAAGAAGUGGCCCAGAGGACAGGACUGGUUCUUCAUGAAGAUGCACAUCGAGCAGGUGUGGCUCCAGAACUUGGUUGGAAGGGUUUCCUUCAUACCGUUGGACGACUACUUCAAAGCAAGCCCAGACAAGCCCUGACAGUCUCACUCUCACGCAGAGCUUUACAGAACGUGGACUGAGAUACAGGAUGGGCUCAUAGGCACCCAUUCUCCUGAACGGCGUCCCCCAUAAAUAGGGAGACAUUUGAACAUUUGAGCUCCUGUUCAGAAGUCUAACAAAAUUUGACAAUCUGAGAGUAAACCAGGGCAGGGGGAGGGGCAAAUUGCAUGUACUAAGGUGUCAGCAUUUGUUUUAAAGUGUGCCUGCAGAAACAAUAAAGCUCUCUAUGUAUUUUUUCUUCUUGAAAACAUGUUAAUUUUGAGGUCUUACGCUAAAAAGACAGAGAAACUGAGAUUAAUUUUUGUGAGUGGUUUGUGUUGGCACCAGAAGCCCUUAAUAAACUAAGAGCCUUUAUUCUGUUGAGGUGGUGUUAAA